AUGGGCGCCGUCUGCUGCCGCCACCAGGACGAGCCGUUGCUUUCUCUGCCUCGCGUGUCCGCCAUGAGCCUUCAUAGCAACCACUUAUACGUACCUGCAUCUCUAGCUGCCGCCUCUUCUGCCUCUGUGUCUACAGGUCAAUCCCUAGCCAAUUACGUCUCUUUCCCUUUCCCAUUUCUUUCCAAGCCUCGGACCGUCAUUACACCCGCAAAACGUGACAAGAAGGACAAUAAAACGAUCCACGACGAACAAAAUUGUAAAUCACCGAACGAUCAGCAAUCAAGAGCCAUUGCAAUGCCUUAUGUAGGUCCACACUGGCGUCAGACGAGUCGAGGUACUUUCGAUCCAUUGCCUCUUUUUGAAUUGAGUAUACGUCAUCUGUGUACCCAUUUAGUGGUACACCACCAAGCAGCACUUGAAACUGUGAUAUUACCACCUGAAGUGGCUUCAAAGGUUUUACAAUACUUACGACAUCAUGAUAUACUGGAAAAGGCUCAUUUUCAUGCUCUUGUACCCUUUUUACUAUUGGAAUGGAACUUGGCCAAUCAACAAGAAGUCGAAGAUGCGUGGUUUGAUAACGUGCCAGUGACAACACUUGAAAAAGUCAAAAGUGUUGACGUUUCAGGGUGUAUCCAUUUGCAACAUUUGGGUUCAGAAAGGUCAUUGGUUAUUAAAUUACCAAAGUUAAUGGUUGCAAAGUUUAAAGGAUGUUCCGGACUUUUGAGAGAAUCGAUCGAGAUGUUGCAGUUUUCAACAAAAUUAACGAGAUUGGAUUUAUCCGGCUGUAAUAACGUGGAUGACAAGACUCUCAAGACAAUUAGCACGUUGGAAUACUUGAAAUCGUUGGAAUUGAUUGGGUGCUACAAACUAAGUGAUGUGGGGUUCAAGUACUUGUUGAAGAUGACAAAACUGGAAAAACUACGUCUAGGACGUUGUAGAAAACUGACGGAUGAUGCUUUUGAUGGUUUUGCAUCGUCAUUAGUUGAGUUACGGGAGCUUGACGUUGCAAAUUGCCGGUUAAGUGGUAAGACUAUGCAGCACCUUGGUCGGAUCAAAAGUUUGGAACUUCUUGUGAUCCGUGGCUGUCAAGAGAUUUCUAAUGACUCCAUGGAAUCACUUCGUGGGCUGACAAGAUUAAAGUACUUUGACGCGCGUCAUUGCAACAAGGUUCAUUCCAUUCCAAUAGAGUGGACACAGCUCCAAGUUUUGCUGCUAGGAUACACAGCAUUUGCCGAGUCAGAUGCAGCUGUCUUGCAGUACCUAACCGGGCUACAAGAAUUGGAACUUCGCACGUGCCGGAUUAUGAAGAGAGGAUUUCAGCUUAUAAGCCGCCUGAAACAUCUUGAAAGACUAGAUUUGGGAGAGACCUCCCUAACAGAUAAUGAACUGCUGGAGAUUUGCAACGGCAAUAGAAACCUGAAGGCACUCAACAUCUCGGAUACAGAGGUCAGCGAUUAUGGAACGUUCGGGCUUGCAAAAUUAAGAGAACUGCGCAUUCUUCGCUUGGAUACAAAGAUGGUCACCAGUAGAGCACUAGCGAAUGUAUCAUUCCUUUCGCGACUUGAAAAAUUGGAUCUGUUCGGCGCAAAUAUCACAGACAACGGGCUAUUGCAUCUCGUUCGGCUGCAUAAACUUCAAGAGCUGUCAAUUUGUGGCGGCAACAUCAGUGACCGUGGCGUGGGGAUCAUUUCGAAGCUGACGUCACUGACAUCCUUAAACUUGAGUCAAAAUAGAAAUAUAAGGACCAAGUCGAUGUUUUAUCUCCGAUCGUUGACUGGUCUGCGAUGCUUGAACUUAUCGAAUACGGGCAUCUCGGCUCUCUCACUACGUCACUUAUCUCCCUUGAAGAAGUUGCAAUUUCUUUCCGUCUACGGGUGUCCUUUGUCACAAGGCCAUAUUGAUAUCUUACGAGAAAUAUUACCGGAGCUGAAAUGCCUGCGAUGCACAUAA